UGACAUUUGCUACUAUGCAAAAGAGGAACAACACGGAACACAAUAAAACUUAGAAUCAAUAACUUGUUAUUCCAUUCACUGCUGAUCCUUAUAUUCUGGUUACAAAUAUUGGGUGUUAAAUUGCACAAGUAUGGUCUACAAGGUAGAAAAUAAAAACAAAGACCUGAUUGGUUGCUAGUGGCAACUGCACACCUGAAAUUUAGUAUUUAAGUUUGUAAAUCAGCCCAAAACCUGCUUCUUAGACAGCCAUGUGUAUUAGAAUAAAACUUUGUGACAGGAAUAGCACUCCCACCACACACAGGGCAGAGUUUGUCCUCAAACCUUGCAUUUUCAGGCUGAAAAGUGACAGGCAGAAACACUAAUCAAAUAAAAUUUUUGAUUUUCUGCUUAAUACUCCAGUGUAUAUAUGUACACCUGUUUUAUGAAUUCUGUCGCCAGUGUAAUUAUUAUUCUUCAUUUAUAUAGCAGUAAAAUGUUACUCAUGGCUGUACAGCAGGUUAGACAAAUCAUGAUCCACAAAGAAAGCCACAGAGAAAUGCAAGAUCUGAGUUAUAUGAAAGGGGUUAAUUUAAAAGCUGUAAAACAUCUGCCUGCCCAGACUUGUGCUGCUGAUACACUCCUUGACUCAUAGCCAGGACAUUCUCCAAACUUGGUUAGAAAUCCAUCUUUAUAACAGCUAUGUGGAACACUAUUAGUGUAGGGCACAAAGGCAGUAUUCCAAUUUUGCAUCUUUCACCCCAAAUCGUUUGCGCGGGAAAUGCGUUAUUUCUCUGCCCCCCAAUCUAUUGACAAGUUCCCAAUAGGAACUGCAGUGAGACUGCUCUAAAGCGGAGAUUCCCAGCGCUCCUGCAGCGUCAUCCCCCUGCCUUCAUGCCCAUCAUCAACCUGCACUGAGCAAUCUGGGAGAAUCCAGCGCCUUUGUGCGGGAGAAUAGUGUGUGCGUGAGCAAUAGCUCAAUGAAUCCUUUGAAGCUCACACAAGUUGAAAUAAGAGAACAAUAUGCCCCGAGAAGCCAAGCCUUCCCCUCCUCCCUCCCUCUGACAGUGUCUUGUGGCUCUUCCCCUCCCUCUGCCUGCAAAGGAACAGCUGAAGGGCUUGUGGCCACCUCAGAAAGGAAACUCUGCAGUGUUAGAGCAGCCAGUCCAGCCAUCUCCCAGCCUCGCCGAUCCGUAAUGGCCCCCGUGUUUGGCCAGUAACCAGGUACAUAGGUGGGCAGGAAUCAUGGCUCCACAUGGAUAGUAUAUUCCACUUUGGCUCUUGGAUGUAUCUCUCUGCUUUUCAGCACAGCCUUGUACCUUCCCCUCUCUCCAUUCAGUCUCCGUUCCCUGUCUUUACUGCGUUCUCUCUAUCACAAGCGGCUCCUGCAGUGAUCUUGCAGCAUGGAGGGAGGGACCGACGCCGCUGCCUUCGCUGCUUUUCCCAGUAUCCACGCAGUUCCUUCGACUUCUGGCAGGAUGGCAACGGGGGGCAAGCUGGAUGAAUUAGAAAGAAUAAUGAAGUCUUCACUGCACUUAGAGGAGGAUGAUUUUGUACCCGAGUUGCCAAGGAGUAUCCAUCCCCGGGAGAGGCCGGACUGGGAGGAGACUAUUAGUGCCAUGGCACGAGGGGCAGACAUCCCAGUCCCAGGGGAAAUACCGACGAUGCCUACAGAAAUCCCUCUUCGCUCCUGUGGCAGUACUGCCAGCAUGAAGGUGAAAAAUGUCAAGAAGUUAUCCUUCACGAAAGGGCAUUUUCCUAAACUUGCAGAAUGUGCACAUUUCCACUAUGAAAAUGUAGACUUUGGCAGCAUACAGCUCACACUCACAGAAGAUCAAAAUGAAGUGAGCAGAAAUGGCUGUGAAUCCAAGGAACUUGUUUUCCUAGUACAGAUUGCUUGUCAGGGCCGUAGCUGGAUAGUUAAGCGGAGUUAUGAAGAUUUUCGGGUUCUGGAUAAACACCUUCAUCUGUGCAUAUAUGAUAGGCGCUUCUCUCAGCUCUCAGAGCUGCCCCGUUCCGACUCCGUAAAGGAUAGUCCAGAGUUGGUCACACAGAUGCUGAUGGCUUACCUAUCGCGGCUGUCAGCCAUCGCAGGUAACAAGAUCAAUUGUGGGCCAGCUCUGACGUGGAUGGAGAUCGAUAAUAAAGGCAAUCAUUUGCUUGUGCACGAAGAGUCCUCCAUAAAUGUUCCAGCCAUCGCUGCUGCCCAUGUCAUAAAGCGAUAUAAUGCUCAGGCCCCAGAUGAACUCUCUUUUGAGGUGGGAGACAUAGUAUCUGUAAUUGACAUGCCACCAAAAGAACUGACCACGUGGUGGAGAGGAAAGCAUGGAUUUCAAGUGGGUUUCUUUCCAAGUGAAUGUGUGGAAUUAAUAAAUGAUAAAGUCCCCCAAUCAAUGACAAACUCUGUGCCUAAACCAGUCUCCCCUGCGCAUGGAAUGAGGCCGGCCUCCUGGAGCUACUUUCCCCCCUAUUUGGAGAUGGAUAGUUUAAGGCCUGGAACAUCGUGCUGUUCUGAGGUAUUAAGUCACUCGCAGCUAAGCUCAGUGUCCCGGAAGCACGGCAAGCUCAUCACAUUUCUAAGAACCUUCAUGAAGUCCAGACCCAGCAAACAGAAACUGAAGCAGAGAGGGAUCCUGAGGGAGCGAGUGUUUGGUUGUGACCUUGGGGAACAUCUGCUUAACUCUGGUCAGGAUGUCCCCCAAGUCCUCAGGAGCUGCACAGAGUUUAUAGAAAAACAUGGCAUUGUUGAUGGAAUCUACCGUCUGUCUGGGAUUGCAUCUAACAUCCAGAAACUACGUCAUGAAUUUGACUCUGAACAGAUUCCAGACCUGACUAAAGAUGUGUACAUCCAGGACAUUCACUGUGUUGGCUCUCUCUGUAAACUCUACUUCCGGGAACUCCCAAACCCUCUGCUCACAUAUCAGUUGUAUGAAAAGUUCUCUGAUGCUGUGUCAGCGGCUACUGAUGAAGAGAGACUGGUGAAAAUUCAUGAUGUUAUUCAACAGCUUCCCCCACCUCAUUACAGAACACUGGAGUUCCUUAUGCGCCACUUAUCAAGACUUGCGACAUACUGCUCUAUCACCAAUAUGCACACUAAAAAUUUGGCAAUUGUCUGGGCCCCUAACCUGCUCCGGUCAAAACAGAUUGAGUCUGCAUGUUUUAGCGGUACAGCAGCUUUCAUGGAAGUGCGCAUACAGUCUGUGGUAGUUGAAUUUAUUCUAAACCAUGUGGAGGUUCUCUUUAGUCCUAAACUUAGUUCUGUGAUAAGGGAUGGUGCUGGUCACACUUCUUUGUCUCGGCCCAAGUCACUGUUGGUGUCAUCUCCAUCUACAAAACUACUAAGCCUAGAGGAGGCUCAAGCAAGGACACAGGCCCAAAUCAAUUCCCCUGUUGUGGCUGACAGCAAGUACAUUGAGGUGGGAGAGGGACCAGCUGCUUUGCAGGGCAGAUUCCACACUGUAAUUGACUUCCCUUCUGAAAGGAAAAGACCGCCAACCAAAAUGAAAAAAUCUCCUGUUGGAAGCUGGCGUUCUUUUUUUAGCAUAGGCAAAUCAUCAUCUUCAGCCUCCAUGUCUAAGCGGAAACUUCAGCGUAAUCCAAGUGAGCCUUUGGAAAUGAAAUCCAUGGCAUUUGCAGGUGGAAGAGAUAGCAGCACCAUGCGCUCAGCUAAAAGCGAGGAGUCUCUCAGUUCCUUGCAUGCAGCAGAUGGAGAGUCGAAGCUAUUUCGUCCACGUCGUCCUCGUUCCAGCAGCGAUGCUCUGUCUGCUUCAUAUAAUGGGGACCUUCUGGAUAGCUGCAACCGUUGCAACUCCUAUGAUAAUCUGCCCCGAGACCAAGACAGUGAUGGAGAUGAGGGUUUGAUUCAUGUGCCUGCUAUGCUGUCAGGUCGCUCUCCUGAGGAUGAAGAACUCAGCCCACCAGACAUUGGUAUGGCCAGUUUGGACUUUGACCCAAUGUCUUUUCAGUGCAGCCCUCCCCAGCUAGAAUCUGAAGGACCAGACAUUUUUUUUCAGCUUGACAUUUGUGCUAGCAAUGGCAAGGAUAAGGUGCAAAGUGAUGCACAAAACCUAGGCGGUGUCUCCAGCUCCGAACCUCACUCUCCUUUCCAAGAGAAAGUCGUUAGUCCAUUUCUAUCGCCUGACCGCAGUUCUAGUACAGAUAAAGUAUCCAAAACUACAUCAUUUGCAGAAAAAGUUGUGCAGGCCUUGUCACCUAAAGUGGGGCGCAAAGCAGUUCGAUCUCCUCCAUUAACCAUCUCAGAGCCUGUCACCAUCUCUCUCCCUAGUCGGGUAUCGGAAAUGAUUGGAAGUAUGCAAGGCAAUACUGCUGCUUCCCAGUCUUUAAUUUGGUACAGAGAAAACAGUUUAAAUUCUAGAGAAACUGAAAUGAAUUAUGUUUGUAAAUCGGUGGAUGCCAACCUUCCAUCCUUAUUGCCAGCAACAGAUCCAUGGUCUACAGUUACUCCUGUAAUUACUCAAUGGAACCCAGAUGGAUUACAGAGAGAAGACAAAGCAGGACCAUUUACUCAUGGCUUUCCCCAGCCAAAUAGUGACUUGGAACAAGUAGAAAACUUCAACCUGGAACUUAGCACAACAAAUGUUGCUGCAGCAUAUCAGAAAGAAGAUACAGAAUUGUCGAGAGCAAAUCAGAACAAAUCCCACUCUUCUGUUUCUCCCCCUCAAGGAGCUUCUGCUUCAGAAUCUCCACAGGAGCUAGCCCCUGUCAGUAGUGUUUCUAUCAUUCCACCUCCACCUCCUCCAAAGAAUCCUGCACGCAUGCUGGCAUUAGCACUGGCUGAAUCUGCUCAACAGGCAUCUGCUAAUAAAAGACCUCUUUAUAUGCAGUUCAUGGAUCUACCCCCCCAUCCUCCUCCACCAUCAGUACUAGAGGACAAACCACUUCUUGAGUUAUCUCCAAAAAUGUCUCCAGAGCACCUUGUAUCUGGUCCUGCAACACCAGCGACCAGUCCUCCAGUCAUAUCCAAUAAAACAUCUCCAGCUACUCCACCAAGCACAACUUCAUCAUUUUCUAUCACAACAAUUCAUCACAGUCCUGUGAAAAACCAUAGUCCUCUGGCAGGACAGAUGCCUACAGCAGUCACUCCUGGACUCAGUCCUUCAUCAAACCAGGUUCCUGUAUCCUUUCUAUCUGAUGAAAUGCUACCUUCUGAAACAAAUAAAAUGAAUUCUGUCAUACUGAGUGAAGCAUUUACAACAGGAAUUCCUGUUACUCCACCAUCUGAAAAACCCAAGGAAAUUUCUAGACCACCACAUCUUCACCAGCGUUCUGAAUCCUUUCCUUCACAUCCUGCAUAUAGCAAUGCAAAGCCCACUCCACCAGUUAGAACAAUGGAUAGUCGACUGGCAACUGCCAUGCAUUCCAACUUCAAUGAUGCCAUCACUGCUAAUAACUACCACUCCUUCCUGAACACCAUGAUGCUUCCUUCUUCUCUAGAGGAUGUGCUACCCAGACACAACUAUUCUCAUUCUUCUCAUCUCAAGACAGAAAAUAUAGAUGAACAGGGAGUUAAUUACAGACAACCUUAUUUAUCCAACACCAAGCAAGAGGACCCAGCUGAUGUGGGAGAUUUAUACAGACAGCAAUAUAUUUCUACUGGAAAGUCUGAGAAUGCUGAGAUAGGAAACACUUACCGGCACCCAUAUCCUUCCAAUACUGAGCCAGAAAGUCUAAAGGAGCCACUAGAUCCUUUUCUGCAUCACAAGUCAGCAGUUGCUCCAAAGACAUAUAGAGCAGAAACACUUCUACCACAUAUGCCUCCUCAAGUUUAUGGUUCAAGAUGUGAUACUCCAUCCUCAACAUUUUAUGGCACCUACAUAAAUCAGGCCAAACACCCCCGCACCAGGAACAGACCUGAUUAUAUGUCCUCUAUGAGCCCAGGUCUCCGUAGCUACUCAGAAGACACAUCUUCCUACCCUACUAUUCGAAGGGUACAAUCUCUGCAUGUGCCUAUGCAACCUCCGCCACCUCCUAUCCGCACUGUUCCAAUUUCAAGAACAGAGGUUCCCCCAGAUGAUGAUCCAGCAUACUGCCCAAGACCAGUUUAUCAAUACAAACAAUGCCCCCAAUUUAACUCUCAGUCAGAUUACCAUGUUACCCAGCUGCAGCCUUACUUUGAAAAUGGACGAGUUCAUUAUCGCUACAGUCCCUAUUCAGGGGGCCCAAGUUAUUUUUCAGCAGAUAGCAAUUUCUAUGAUAUGGACCCCUACAGCACCUUACGUCUGCGACAACUUCCUCUCUACCCAAGCCGGGACUUUGCUUCUUACACCACAAGAUUGCAGCCCAAAAACACAUAUCGGUCACAAGGAUUGCCCCCAUAUCCCAGAGGAACUCUACGGGAACACAAUUUUAUCAGUAGAGAUGUUCCUCCUGCACUACCACCUGAACAUCCACGACCUCUUCACAUUUCUUGGGACAUGGAAGACAUGGACAGAUACAGACUGCAAUCCCUGCGACGAGAGAACAGGGCACGUCAGAGAGCUAAAGGACCAGUAAUGUCUCAGUAUGAUAAUGUUACACCAACCUUAGUGGAGGAUGUAGCAGGCUUAGAUGUCAUACAUCUCCGAAGCCGUUCUGAUCCUGGUAAGACUCCUGGUCUUUUAAGUGUGGCUGAGAACAAAGACGUCCGUUACCCAGGAAGGGCAGAAGGUGAUGAGCAUACAACAUAUCCACCUCCUGUUUUUGGAAAUGGCCAUCAAGAUAAGCCAUCUCUUCCUCAAAAGCAAAGUGGAUCAAGCCGGGUUCGAAUGCAACAUGAAAUAUCUACUGAGCAGCGGACUCAACCUUCUCAAGAUACUUUGCAUAGGCAACCCACAGAGGGACGAAAUGGUCCUCCAAUUCCUCCUGUGGACUACAGCUCUAAAGGAAUGCCAAAUCCCCCAGACCCUGCAUCAUAUCAUUCCUCUGCAAACAAAUAUAACUUGACACAACAGGAACCCAUGCGACUUAUUCACAAAGAGCUUCGGCUCCCUGAGGAUAUUGAGCAUUCACAUACCAGGCCAGCUGACAACCAACACCGUGACUGUUACAGGGAGGAGCCAGCUCAGUUUCCCCUUACUGCACCUCCUCCUAAACCAGAGAGGAGCCAUAGCCUUCGAGGUCAUAAUCCAGAUGUUUUAGAAAGAGACCCUAGUAUCUUCUACCCCUACCAAACGCUUCAAGCCAAGAGACACAGCACAAUUAAUGCAGUGUCACAAUAUGAUAAUCUAGCUGAUUACCAUUCUAUACCCCAUCAUCGAACCACUAACCAGUCUACUCCAAAUGCCUUUAACCUCCCACAUGGACGGACCUAUGCUACUGCCCUGGGCCAGGGUGCCUUUCUAGCUGCUGAACUCGGCUUGCAAAGGCCUGAGACAAAAAUCCAUGUGGAGUGAGGUGCUGCCAGCAGCAUGGAAGUAGCUUUUACAGGGGUUUAGCAAUGGGAGGGUUAGAUGUGGAGAGGACUUCAUUCUUUUUAGGCAGACCCCUGCUGGACAGUGGACUGUUUUAUUUUUUCAAAAGACAAAAAAAAAUUAAUAAAAAGCGUAAAGGAAACCAAAACUUAGAUGAAAUACAAAAUAACGACACACAGCAUACAUCUAGCAAUAUACAAAAACAAUGAUACACAUGCACCCACUACAAUGUUAGGACUGUUUUUAUGUUGUAAUCCGUGAUGUCAUUAUCCUGUACCAUUUGUCAACCUUGGAGUCCUUCCUGAGUGUGAGCAGGAAGGCAAAGAGGAAUAAAGGACUCCUAUUUAAUCCUUA